AUUAUCUUGAGCUUGGCUUCCCGAAGGGUUUCUGAGAAAUUAGUGAUCAAGAUGCCUGGUAACCCACAUGUUUCCAAGAAAAAGUCUCAACAGUUAAAAAGAAAUUCAAAAAGGAAAACUGAUGAUGAUGAAGAGUUGUCAGAGAAAAAGGUUAGAAACACAGGAAAAAGAAAUAAAAGUCAUUCAAACCAUCUGUCUUCUGAAGGACAAACAAAGCAUACUAAUAUAAAACAGAUAAAGAUAGCACCCAACAAAAGGAAAACCUGGCAACCACUUUCAAAGAGUAGCAGAGAGCAGUUGCAAACAAUAAUGGAAUCAGUAAUAAUAACAAUUUUGAGCAAUAGUAGUCGAGAAAAAGAAGAAAUACAGUAUCAUCUCAACUUACUGAAAAAAAGAUUGCUACAACUUUGUGAAACCCUGAAAGUCCCUCCUGAAAAGCUGAAGGAUUUAACUCAUGUGUCAAGUCUACUGGAUGUGGAAAGGGCACGGGAGCAAGCUAAUAAAGAAGAUCUGGCAUUAUUGCAGGAAGAAAUAGAAAAAAUGGUAGAGACUGCGGAAUUGAUGACUGAGGAUAUUCAGAGCCUAAAGAACAAAAUUGAAAUUCUGGAAAGUGAGGUAGAAGAGGAAGAGAAGACACUAAAACAAGUGCUUCAAAUGGAUAUUAGUAAUGUACUCUCUCUUCCAGAACUUUCUCAGAAAAGUCUCAAAGCACCCACACUUCAGCAAGAAAUUUUGACACUAAUUCCAAACCAGAAUGCUCUUCUAAAGGACUUGGAUGUUCUUCCUAAUUCCUCCCAGAUUAAGAACAUGUUAACACUCAUUGAAGAAGCCUAUAAGAAACUAGAUGCCACCUGAACAGUUUUUUCUUGGAGUGUCCCAUAUUAAUGUUUAUGAUUUGUGGGGGUUUUUUUGUUUUUUGUUUUUUUCAAUGUUUAUGAUUUCUAAAGCUAUUAACCUAUGGUGAUAUUGCAGAGGCUGAGGCUUCCGUAGGAUUUAUUAUGCCCUGAUAGGCACUUUAAAAUUAGCCUCUGUAGAUCUAUCAUUAAUAUCUAAUGUA